AUGCGACCAUGCUCUGAAUGUGUGCAACAAACUGGACGAAUCUCGAAAGAUGGUUCGAUUUCUGAGUGUAUUUGUGCACAACCACAGCAACAACUUCAGUUAGAGCAUCACAGUCCAACCGAACAUGAAAAACACCGAUCGAAUAUAAAACCGAUUGAGGAACGAUGUGCGACUAUGUGCAAUCCAUCUUGUCAGACGCAGUGUCAAUCGCUUGUCAUUCAACAGACGCACAUAUCAUCAACGGUAUCAUUAUCGCUGAAAUGUGCAACGAUCUGUGAUAAUUUAUGCUCAGCCAUAUGUUCACCGAAUACUGCACACUUCAGUGUACUCAUAUCCCAUCUGAAACAAUCACUUCUUGAUAGUAUCAAACAAAAGUUGAUGGCAGUCAUAAGCGAUGCACAACGUGAAAUCACUCCUCAACGACUCAUCCUGAACAGAAGAACGCUCCACCCAGACGAGAAGGAAGAGCUGCGAGAAUUGACGGAAUGCAUAUCAGAAUGCAAUGAUAAGUGUAUCGACAGGUGUAAUGGCUUGUUAUCAGCUCUGAUAAACAGAUGUCAACCUCAGUGCUUGGAACGUUGUGAACGAGUGUGUGCUGUGAACGGCACCGAAAGUGCAAAGCCACGAGACACUCAUUCGAGGAAUCAACAAGGCAAUACGAUACGUGCACAAGAAAAUAAACCGCUGAAAUCAACAACAGUCUCGAUGAUAUUCACGACAACGUUACCAACAACCACAACCACACCAACAACAACUCCAUCCACCACCAGCACUACUGCUGCAUCGAAACCAACAACAUCGAAACCCCGUUCAACUAAUUGCAAUUAUGAAUGCCGUCAGUCGAACUGUGAGGAAACACUCGAAUGUAGUAACAGCAAUCAACAGUACGAAACAUCUACAGAAGUGAAUUAG